ACUCUUCUUGCCCCUCUAAAUUCGCAUACCCUUCGCUCAGCAACUCAAGUCAACAUGGCGAUUGAUGCUCAGAUUCGAGUAGAAGCUGCUACUGUUGCAGAUAUACCAGAGCUGAUUGAGCUCGUCAAUGAAGGGCUGAAUCCAGAAGGAGAGUACAACAUCUACCCGCAUAAUGCCCAUGGGGCAAAGUAUGCAACUGAUGUAUUCGAGGCUCUCCUCAAGGCGGACAAUAGUCGCAUCAAGCUGCUGGUUGUUCGAGACGCUGAAGGCUAUCCCAUUGCAACGGGAACUAUAUACGUUAUCGCUACGGGUGAUGUUUUUACCAGUGCAUGGAACAACUGGGGUAUUUCUCUUCAGCGAGGUAUGAAACAAGAGGUGCUGGAUAGCCUCUUCGGCGCAUGGACGAAGCGCCACAACAAGCUAAUGAGCAACCAGCCUCGAGUGUUUGUUGAAGCCUUGGUCACUCGGAAUACCUGGCAAAAGCGAGGAUGCGCAACUGCAAUUCUCACAGAAGCGGACAAAAUAGCAGAUGAAAUCGACGUUCCUCUUUUUUUAGAUGGAGCGGUACCCGAAUUCUACGAACGGCGGGGUUAUAGUGCGCUCCUUGAUGAUUCUGGCGUAGAAGCAUCGGCAGUGCCGAUGCUGCGAAAAAAGAAGAGCGAGCGGGUCUGAGGUGCAUUAUCAUAGGUAAUCAUUGUAUAGUUGCACUGUCAAGCGGUUUGC